AUGUUUUCUCGCGCAGCCCGGUUAUCGACGAGGGUAGCGGCGCCCAUCCGCGCCCGUGUUGCUGCUCCUGCUCCCCGUUUCGUUAUUCCCUCGAUCGCCGCUAGGAGGUCCGUCACCACCAAUGCUGCUUCGGCCCAGCUCGAGAAGCCCCUCCCAGAGGUACGUUUUGUUUACUUUUCCAUGAUAUGUCGUUUGCUGUGGGUUUCGAUGGUUUUGGUGUGGUUGAUGAUGUUGUUGGAGAAACCAAGACUGGAGGAAAGAAAGACUCCCUACUAG